UAACCCACUUUUGGUGAACAUGCCCGCGGUUCUAUUGAAGCUGCUGGCAACGGAGGAAGACCAGAAGGACGGUGCCAGCCUCUCAGCUCACUACCAUGCUCAGCGUCAUCCUCAUCAUCAUCAGGAGUGCAGUGAUUCCAAACAGAGUAUAGCUUCCUCUAUGAAGAAGUACGUCCUCCUCUCCAUCAUCUGCAUACUAACGAUGUGUCUUCUUAACGCCUGGCUGAGGGCAUCCUGGUCUCCGUCGGCUUCCAUCUCCGACGACUCAAAUCACACUGUCCUGCUGUGGCACUGGCCCUUCGGCAUUCCUGAGGACAUCCACGGGGACGUGUGCUGGGACCGCUACCGCAUUCCGCGCUGCAGAGUCGUGGUGGAGAGAUCCUCGUUUUCAGAGGCAGACGUGGUGGUGUUCCACAACCGAGAGCUGGUGACGGGAAAAGAGAAAUUGCCAGUGCAGCUCCCCAGGCCGCCGGGCCAGAGGUGGGCUUGGCUGUCCCUGGAGUCCCCUGCAAACAAUGGAGACCUGAGGAAGUUCGCAGGUGCUUUUAACCUCACUGUGAGCUACAGGAGGGACGCAGAUGUUAGCACACCAUACGGUGAGCUUCUACCACGAGGAUCUGAAGAUGUAGUGGAGGGCAUGCCACAGAAUAAAACCGAUCUGGUCUGCUGGGUGGUCAGCAACUACAGGAGUUCCUACAGAAGAAGCAAAGUGUACCAAGAACUCAGCGCUGUCGUCCCCGUGAAGGUCUACGGAAGCUGGACGAAAACUCCUCUUGCGUCUAAAGAUCUUCUUCCCACAAUCUCUCGCUGCUACUUCUACUUGGCCUUUGAGAACUCAAUCUCUAAAGAUUACAUCACCGAGAAGCUGUGGAAGAACGCUUACCAAUCCGGGGCGGUUCCGGUCGUCCUGGGACCGCCAGUCCAGGAUUACGAGGCUGUGGCGGCGCCUCACUCUUUCAUCCACGUCGACGAGUUUGCUUCAGCAAAAGAGCUGGGAGAGUAUCUGCAGAAGCUGGCGAGCGACACCGAGCGCUAUGGCGAGUAUCAGCGAUGGAGGAGAGAAUGGAAGGUGAAGCGGUACGAUGGCUGGCGGCAGAGACUGUGUGAGAUCUGCACACGGUACCGCAGCUUCCCUCGGCACAAGGUCUACGCUGACCUGGCAGCCUGGGAUGGCGCUGCUGCUACCUGAGCUUGCAACGUACACAAGAAACAGGAGGAACCUCUGAAGUUCAACAUCAGCAACCAGGAAACAUUAGUCCCUAGUGACAGAAGAUGUCUACUGCUGUAAAACUACUAUAUCAAAUACAAUUUUAAGAGAUAUAUAUUAUAUAGUAUGAAUGAAAAAAUACAUUUAGAGAAUAAUUGUAUUUUUACAUUGCAGAAAACAAUGUGAAAUAAUUAUUCAUGACCAAUGUCUUUUUGGUCAGGAUGGAAGUUAUUGUUGCUGCGACCAACAGACUAGUUUGUGCAAUAUUGUCAUUUUUUUGCCAAUUCAAUGAGCCUUACGGGAUACCGUAGUAUUGUGUCAACUAAGUAUUGUGAGAUGUGCUGUUGGGUAUGUGAUCCAAGAUGGCUGA